AUGGCAUCCACUUUCACGGGCACGCAGGUGUAUCAAAAUGACUUUGAUCCUAAAAUAUACUUGGAUACUUAUUAUGGGGCUGAAAAUGGGGUUUUUAUCAAAGAUAAGUAUUUGGAAUUUAUUUUGAGAAAACUCCAUGCAGCUUUCACUACAGGGGGUGUUAAAGGGAACUCCUUGAUUGAUAUCGGUCCUGGGCCUGCCAUAUACCAGGAGCUGUCUGCUUGUGAGGCUUUUGAUGAGAUCACCGCGGCAGAUUUCACGGACCGUAACAGGGAAUACCUGGAGAGAUGGAGGAGGGGUGAACCUGGGCUCUUUGACUGGACACCGGCACUCAAGUUUGUUUGUGACUUAGAAGGUCAUAGUGGCAAGCUAGCAGAGAAAGAAGAAAAACUAAGAAAAACCCUUAAGAGAGUAGUGAAAUGUGAUGUCACCAAGAGUAACCCUUUAGAUCCGUUGGUCUUGCCAAAGGUAGACUGUGUUCUUACUGUAGGAUGCCUGGAGUGUGCGUGCAAAGAUGAAGAGGCUUAUGGGAAUGUCAUCAGAAAUCUCUCGUCUCUUCUAAAAGUAGGGGGUCAUCUGAUCAUUGGGAGUAUAAUGGGUAGCACAAUAUUCAGAUGUGGGUCCAAACAGUUCUCCCUGAUAAACUUAAAUAGUACUUUUCUUAAAAAGGUCAUGACUGAGACUGGCUUCAUCAUUGAGGACCUUGAAGUCCUCUCUAGAGAUUAUGAUAAAGCUAUGUUUGAUAUCUGCAACCAUACUUCUGGUAUUUUCAUCCUGGCACGCAAAAUUAAGGAUGUGUGAAGUGGGUACGAAGGACACCGAGUGAUUUUUUGUGAUCAUGUUACUUUUGCUCAGAAUAAGCAGUUAUGAUCAA